CGCCAGUCUGAGGCAGGUGCCCGACAUGGCGAGUGCGGUGCUGCCGAGCGGAUCCCUGUGUGCGGCGGCAGCGGCGGCGGCGGCGGCGCCUCCCGGGCUCCGGCUCCGGCUUCGACUGCUGCUGUUGCUUCUCUCGGCCGCGGCGCUGAUCCCCACAGGUGAUGGGCAGAAUUUGAUUACAGAAGAUGUGACAGUAGUUGAGGGAGAAGUUGCCACCAUCAGCUGCCGAGUCAAAAACAGCGAUGAUUCUGUGAUUCAGCUACUGAAUCCCAACCGACAGACCAUUUAUUUCCGGGACUUCAGGCCUUUGAAGGACAGCAGGUUUCAGUUAGUGAAUUUCUCUAACAGUGAACUCAGAGUGUCGUUGACAAAUGUCUCAAUUUCUGAUGAAGGAAGAUACUUCUGCCAGCUCUACACUGAUCCCCCACAGGAAAUUUAUACUACUAUCACAGUACUUGUCCCACCUCGCAAUUUGAUGAUUGACAUCCAAAAAGACACUGCUGUUGAAGGAGAAGAGAUUGAAGUGAACUGCACUGCUAUGGCCAGCAAACCAGCCACCACUAUUAGAUGGUUCAAAGGAAACAAGGAGCUCACGGGAAAAUCGGAGGUGGAAGAAUGGUCAGAUAUGUACACUGUGACCAGUCAGCUUAUGUUGACUGUUGGCAAAGAGGAUGAUGGCGUCCCUGUGAUCUGCCUUGUGGACCACCCUGCAGUCAAAGAUAUGCAGACACAGCGGUACUUAGAAGUACAGUAUAAGCCUCAAGUGCACAUUCAGCUGACUUACCCUCCACAAGGCCUAACUCGGGAAGGGGACACACUUGAGCUAACAUGUGAAGUCAUCGGGAAGCCCCAGCCUGUGAUGGUGAAUUGGGUAAGAUUAGAUGACGAUCUGCCACAACACGCUGUAGUGUCGGGGUCCAACCUGCUCAUUAAUAACCUAAACAAAACAGAUAAUGGUACAUACCGCUGCGAAGCCUCCAACAUAGUGGGGACCGCUCAUUCGGAUUAUACGCUGUAUGUCUACGAUCCCCCCACAACUAUCCCUCCUCCCACAACAACCACCACUACCACCACCAUCCUUACCAUCAUCACAGACACAACGGCGACGACAGAACCAGCAGUUCACGGCCUUACUCAGUUGCCCAAUUCCGCAGAAGAACUGGACAGUGAGGACCUCUCAGAUUCCCGAGCAGGUGAAGACAACUCAAUUCGGGCGGUGGAUCAUGCGGUGAUCGGUGGAGUGGUGGCCGUGGUGGUGUUUGCCAUGCUGUGCCUGCUCAUCAUUCUGGGGCGAUACUUUGCUAGACAUAAAGGUACAUACUUCACUCAUGAAGCCAAAGGAGCCGAUGAUGCAGCAGACGCAGACACAGCUAUAAUCAAUGCAGAAGGAGGACAGAACAACUCUGAAGAAAAGAAAGAGUACUUCAUCUAGAUCAGCCUUUUUGUUUCAAUGAGGUGUCCAACUGGCCCUAUUUAGACGAUAAAGAGACAGUGAUAUUGGAACUUGCGAGCAACUCGUGUGUUUUUUUUAUGAAUGGGUGGAGAGGUGUGAGACUGGGAAGGUCUGGGAUUUGCUGUGUAAAAAUGUUCUUCAUAAAGUACACUCUGCUGUUUGACACCUCUUUUUAUUUUUUGUUGUUAUUUUAUUUUGUUUUUAUUUUUUCAAAUCCAAGUCAAACUUGGAUUUAGUUUAGUUGAGUCAUUUGCAGAAAAUUCUGUGCCUUGUUUUUCUUUCUGUGGAUUUAUUUUUCCCUCUGUAGCAUCUAUUUUGAAAUUUGCCUGCUGGAAUUCCUUAGACAUUUUUGUUCUUUUUCUCCUCCCCUAUUUCUUCCUUCCUUCUUUUGUUUCUUUUCAAAAUGUCACUGUUUUCUGUUUGAAACUCAAUUUCAUAAAAGGAGAACCAGCACAGUUUCGAUUUCAUAGUUCAAAAUUUAGUGUAUCCAUAAUCCAUUCUUCUCUGUUGUCCUAAAGGUUUGGGUGAACAAACAAUGAAAACUCUUCACUGUUACCCAUGUUCCCAAUGCUUAGGGCAGCAGAGACUAGAAAAUUAGACUGUGAUUCAGAAAAUGUUCUCUGUUUGCCACGGAGAGACAUUGCUUACUACACAGGGUUAUCUGCAAGUGAGGUAUGUCACAGUGAGAUUGAAUCUGUCUUUAAUUCUGUGUCUGUAGACUGCUCAGUAGAGGUACCUCACACUGUCCAGGCAGAUUUGGGACAUAAAGGACUCCUCCUUUUCUAGUACCCUAAACAGACUUGACAGGUGAAGGUUAUUCCUUUUGUACAAGUGGACAAUUGUUUUGCCACCAGUUGGCAAAUGGGGAGGGGGGGGAGUAAAAAAAAAAAUCUGCUCUGAUUAUUUCUGUUUGAAAUGGUUCCAUCCACCUUUCCCAAUUGGCCUUACUUCUCACUAAUUUGUUGGAAAAAGACAAGUCCGCAUGGUGUGUGAAGGACUUUGAAAGAACAGGGUUUUUUGUUGUUGUUGUUGUUGUUGUUGUUUUUUUCCUUUGUGCUUAGUUAGGAAGGCAGUAGGAUGUGGCCUGCAUGUACUGUAUAUUACAGAUAUUUGUCAUGCUGGGAUUUCCAACAAGAGUCUGUGUGAAACUUUCAUUCCUUCAGAUUCGGUUUGACAAAGGCAAGAGGGACAAAAGAAGGGUCGGUAUUGUUCUCACACUGGUCUGCUGUCGAUCUCAGUUCUAGAAAGGUCAGAGCAGAGGUGGAAAAACAGCAUGUAGAGGUUUUCAGUUACUUAAUCAAAACUCAAAUGUGAGUGUUUUUAUCUUUUUACCUUUCAUACACUAGCCUUGGCCUCUUUCCUCAGCCUUAAGAACCAUCUGCCAAAAAAAUUACUGAUCCUCGCAUGAUGGCAGCCAUAGUACACAGCUACUAAAAAUAAGUUACCUUGAACACGUCUUAGAUGGGGAGCCUUGGGAGAAAGCAGGGGAAGUAAAGUUACCAGUGACAUUUUUUUUUUCAAAGAAGUGUGGGGGUUUUCAUUGAAACUUCAAGAAAAUCCAGAAAUGACCCUGAAGGUCAAAAGCUAGACUCUUACCAUAUAAUUUGGUAAGAUUCCAGACUCCUGACAAUUGUCCCUAUUGGAAAGAUGGCAUCAAAAAAGAUAGAUCUAUAUAUAAAUAUAUAUAUUAUAUAACAUUUUCAGUGAGUAAUUUUGGAUUUUGCAAGAUGCAUUUUUACUAUUGUUAUAUUAUGUGGAAAACUUAGGCUGAUUUAUUUAAGGGAAGAAAAAAACAAGUGUCAACUUUUUGUUAAUUUUGGACCGUGUUUUUUUUUUUUUUUUUUUUUUUUUUUUCCUUGUCUUUUUUUUUUUUAACCUUUGGUAGAACCAUGGCAGUAUGGGGGCCUCUUGGGAACGGACUGAUAUGUAAAAGAAAACCCAUUAUUGAGCAGUAUUUUGUGUUUACCCCCCUCCUAGUCCUAAACACUUAACCAAGUCCAAAAGAUCUGUAAGAAAUAACCCUUUUUCCAGUGAAUUUUAUAGUGUGUGGCUCUACAUAGAGCCUUUAGCAUCAGUUCUAACCACAGUAGAAAACCACCUCAGAGGGUGAGAACCAUUUAGCAUGUUGUAAGAGGGUUGUUUUUUAUUUUAGUUGUUGUUUCUAUUUUAUUUUUAUUUCUAACAUCACUUACAGAAUUGGCAUCUUGUUUUUGGAACUGCCCAUCUUUAUGUUUAAAAAAGUGUACAGUAGUGCAGUGUUACUGAUGUAACUCUAUGACUUACAAUGUUGACAUGUCUCAGGUUCAUGUGUUUUGAUUGGUGUUUUCCGUCUCAGGUAGAUUGCAAAGUGUAGGCCCCACACAUUGGAAAAUAAAUAAAUAAAAACAAAGCAAAAACAGGAAAUUAUGGAUUUUAGUUGUAUAUUGGUUUAUGUAUUUUUCUUAAGUAUACAGUGCACUGUUUGAAAUGUAUUGUUGAGUAUUACUUUGUACAGGUCGAUCACUUUUUUUUCCAGAGUGAAGAAAGAACAAACUUGUUUUUUUUGUGUUUUUUAAAGGAAUAUAAAAUAAUGAAGGAUGUAUAAUUGAUGCCAAAUAAGCUUGUUCUUUAGUCACACAGACGUUUUCCUUUUCCCCUUAGGCCAGUUCUGUUUUUAAGGUGUACAUGGACGAUGUUACAGUGUAAGAAACUCCAUAUCCAUUAUGUUCCCAUUCGCAUUUUGUAUUGGUUCAUGUAUACCAUUUUUACAAAAAAAAGAAGUACUAUAAAAUAUCUGUCUUCUUAAUAAAAAAAAUUAAUGUUA